GAAGUCGAACGAAUUAAAAUACAUAUAUAUACGUUUCUGUUUUCGUUUCGUUCUUUUUUAUUCCAAUAUUUUUUGUUCGUGUUUCUUUUGGUCAGUUUUUACCAAUAUAAACUUCAAAACAGUAUUAAAUGCUAGUGAAUAAAUAAACGACGAGUGAAAAAGUGAAUAAACAAUCGAUGAAAAGAAUAUAAUAAACCUAAUUGAAAGAAAGUUAAACGUAGCAUCAACAAAGAAGAGAAGAGAGAAAAAAACGGUUGCUUUAGCUGAUAAUUUUUGAAUUAUUCAACCGUUGAGUGUAUAGUGAAAUUGCGGAUAGUGAAAACAAGUAACUCACAGUUCCCCGAAGAAGAGAGAGAAAAAAAAUUAUUAACCAAACCGACAGAGUAGAUGAAAAUAGAAAUAAUACAAAGAAUCGUUAGUAAACAAGAGAGUAGCGUAUUGCAAGUGGCUGAUUAAAAGCUGAAAAGUUUGGUUGUUCUACCAUUCCAUCGGUUCAUCAGCAACAGCGGCGAUAAUAAUAAGUGCCAUUGUGUUUCACUCUCAUUUGGCCAGUGUGUUUUUUUUUGUGCUGUGCUGUGCAUGUAUACGUGUUUGUGCUCUUUUCUGAAUCAGUGUGCGUGUGAACGAGCAACGAGUACCCCACGGAAAAUCAAACAAAUCACAUCCUCGCUCGCCUCUCCAGAACAACUCAACACAUGCUGAUAAUGACAAUAGUGUCGUUCGAUUGCUAAACCAUAAUUUAUGUAUAGCCGCAUAGUUAUGCACUAAAUUUAAGACAGCCGAAGACCACAAAAUGAGCUAGCCCGCAUGACAAUAAAAUGAUUCUCAAUGUAUGCAUAGCACGGUCAACAUGCCGCUCAUUCAUCAAACUCCUGUUAAUAUUAACGCUGAUUGGGAUUCGUGCCGCUGAUACAACACCAUCAUCCGAUCCCGAUAUAUCAAAUGUUGAUGAUUUUCCAGUUUCAUCAACGGCCAUAUCGCCAGCUCUGUAUGGUUUGCAUCAUCAUCAGCCACAAUCGCAGCCGCAACAUCAGCAGCAACAGCAGCAAACGUAUCAAACACCACAGUUGCCUCCAUUUAAAUUCAAAUAUCGUGUGUACAAUGUGUCGAUUCGUGAAAAUAGUGUGGGCAAAACAUACGCUGCACAACCAUCAAAUGAGGCACGUAUGGGAAUUUCAUCGGCGCCUGAUAUCGAUAUUAAGUAUCGCAUUAUUGCCGGCGAUAAGGAUAAAUUAUUCAAAGCUGAAGAGCGUACCGUUGGCGAUUUCACAUUCUUAGCCAUACGCACCCGAACCGGAAAUGUAGUUUUAAAUCGCGAAAAAAUCGAUUCGUACCAUUUAAAAGUUCGAGCGACUGGCACACGACACGAUUACAAAACAAAAAUUGUACAAGAGGAUGAAUGUAUCAUUAAUGUAAUCGUGCUCGAUACGAACGAUUUAAGUCCAUUGUUCUAUCCAAAUGAAUAUGCGAUAACGGUGCCCGAAGAUAUGGCACUGCAUCAAAAUAUCGUUAAGGUGAUGGCAGAGGAUGCCGAUCUAGGUAUAAAUGGUGAAAUUUAUUAUAGUUUUUUAGAAGAGACUGAUUGGUUCAGCGUACAUCCAAGCAGUGGUGUGAUAUCGUUGACACGACCAUUAAAAUAUAUUGAAAAGUCACUGCACGAAUUGAUUGUAAUCGCCAAUGAUCGCGGCACCAGUCCAUCAAAUCGUCACAGUCAACCGAGCAAAGCCAGAGUUAAAGUCCGUGUGAAACAGGUUAAUCUACAUGCACCGGAAAUUUAUGUGCAAGCAUUGCCUGACAUUUUAGAAAAUUCACAUGCAAAUAUCUAUGGGAUUGUUCGUGUCGAUGACAAAGACAUUGGUAUUCAUGGUAAAAUAAAGAUUUUAGACAUUGUUGAUGGUGACCCGGACGGCCAUUUUCGUAUACGGCCCACAUCGAAUCUGGGCGAAUACAACAUUGAAGUGCAUCGUCUAUUGGAUCGCGAACGUACACCAAAUGGCUAUAAUUUAACACUACGCGCUGUGGAUUGCGGAACACCACCACAACAAAGCUACAAAGUGAUUCCCGUUCGUUUGGCUGACACAAACGACAAUGCGCCCGUAUUCAAUCGUGAAAUUUACGAAGUUUCCGUACUAGAAACAUCGCCACCGAAUUCACCAGUAAUUCGUCUCAAAGUGACCGAUCGCGAUGAGGGUAAAAAUGCAAUGGUUUCAUUGGAAAUAGUUGGUGGCAAUGAAGGUGGUGAAUUUCGUGUAAAUGCUGAAACGGGCAUGUUAUAUACAGCCGUUCCAUUGGAUGCUGAAUUGAAAGCAUUUUAUACGCUUACGGUGUCGGCCAUUGAUCAAGGCAACACAGGAACACGAAAACAAUCAUCGGCCAAAGUUAAAAUUAACAUUCAAGACACAAACGACAAUGAUCCGGUAUUUGAACAAGCAAAUAUGACAAUUUGGGUGGAUGAAAAUGAACCGGCCGGCACAAGUGUAACAAAAGUAUCGGCCAAAGAUCGUGAUAGUGGUGAAAAUGCAUACAUAUCAUACAGUUUGGCGAAUUUAAAUGAAGUACCAUUUGAUAUCGAUCAUUUUUCGGGUAAUGUACGAACAUCCAAGCUCAUUGAUUACGAAUCAAUGAGACGUGAAUAUGUGUUAAAAGUACGGGCCAGUGAUUGGGGCUUACCAUAUCGACGACAAACUGAAAUGUCGCUCACCAUCAAAGUGCGUGACGUCAAUGACAAUCGGCCACAAUUUGAGCGCAUUGAUUGUGUUGGAAGUGUACCACGUUAUGCAUCAAUCGGAACCGAAAUACUAACAUUGUCGGCUGUUGAUUUUGAUGCGGACAAUUUUAUUAGCUAUCGUCUUGUGUCGGGUAAUGAAGAUGGAUGCUUUAAUAUUGAUGCCACUUCCGGUACCAUAUCGGUUGGUUGCGAUUUGAAUGAUGUUCGCGUUGAACAACGAUUCAUCAAUGUUACGGCAACGGAUGGUCAUCAUUUUGCCGAUGUAAUGCCGAUCGAAAUACAUUUAGUAAAUAAUACAAAGAAUACAAUGCCAUUUAGUGAUUUGGGAAAAAAUUAUGGCAAGAAUAGCAAUAGAUACGGAGCUGCCGGUUCAACAGGUUCAUUUCAAUGUAAAGAGACGGGCGUCGCAAGACGACACGCCGAAAUGCUCGCAUUAGCUGAAACAAACAAUAUGAUUGGAAGCGGUACGGAUACAAAUAAUAGUGAAGAAUUACCGAUGAUGCCCAUUCGAUACGGCGAAAAUGUUCAUGCACCUGAAUUCAUUGAAUUUCCAAAUGAGAUAUUCAUAAACGAAACCGUUCGAUUAGGAACAACGGUAACUUGGAUAAAAGCUCGUGACCGCGAUCUCGGUUACAAUGGUAAAAUUGUGUUUGGCAUUUCGAGUGGUGACAAUGAUUCAGUGUUUCGUUUGGAUCCCGAAACGGGUGAAUUAAAAAUCAUUGGUUAUUUAGACCGCGAACGAACCGAUGAGUAUGUUUUGAAUGUAACCAUUUAUGAUUUGGGAAAUCCACAAAAAACCGCAUCAAAAGUGUUGCCGGUGGUGGUGCUCGAUGAAAAUGAUAAUGCACCAAUAUUUGAAAAAACAUUGGCUAGCUUUCGUAUUACCGAAAAUGCAUUAAAUGGCACCAUCAUAUUACGAUUGAAUGCAACCGAUGCUGAUAUGGGUGAAAAUGCACGAAUCACCUAUUCACUUGUCACCGAUACAAACGAUUUUCGGAUUGAUAGCGAAACGGGCGUUUUAUUCAUUGCAUCGCCGUUGGAUCGUGAACGCCAAGAAUUAUAUGAAUUACAAAUUCGUGCAUCAGACAAUGGUCAAAAGCGAGAUCAACCGCAAUUAUUUUCGGAUGCAAUUGUUCGUGUUAUCGUUGAAGAUGUAAAUGAUAAUGCGCCCGAAUUUAGCCUUAAAGAGUAUAAUAUUCGUAUUCGUGAGGAUAUACCAGUGCAUUCGGUGAUUGCAAUUACAACGGCAACCGAUUUAGAUUCGGGACCAGGCGGUGAAGUUAUGUACAGUCUUAGUGAUGAUAUUGAUCAUAGUUUUAAAAUUGAUAAAUAUACGGGAACAAUACGAACGAUAAAAGCAUUAGACUUUGAAGAACGGCAAAUUCAUAGUUUAACGGUUCGUGCAAUAGACCGUGGUACGCCAGCUAUAUCAUCGGAAACAUCGGUCAUUAUUGAAAUUAUUGAUGUGAACGAAAAUCGAUUUGCACCACAAUUUGAUGAUUUUGUAUUGAGCGGAAGCGUGGCAGAAAAUCAACCGGCUGGCACCCAUGUUAUGAUUGUCCAAGCCAAAGAUGCUGAUGCUCCAGGUCCUGAUUCACGCAUUUCAUAUUCGAUCCGAGGCGGUGAUGGACUUGGCAUUUUCACCAUUGAUAACGAAGGUGCAAUACGAACGACGUGCAUUCUAGAUUUGGAAACAAAACCACACUAUUGGCUAACUGUAUGCGCCCAAGAUCAAGCAGUUGUUCCUCUGUACUCAUGCGUUGAGGUGUUCAUUCAAAUCGAAAAUGUUAAUGACAAUGCUCCAUUAACCGAGCAUCCCGUUUAUUAUCCAUCGGUGGUCGAAAGUAGUCCAGCUGGUGUGAAAGUGUUGCAAUUAAUUGCUGAAGAUGGUGAUAAUGAUCCACAACAAAAAAUAACAUAUCGUAUUACGUCGGGAAAUCCAGAGGGAUUUUUCGCCAUAAACAGCAGUAGUGGAUUAAUAACAACGACUGCACGCAAAUUGGAUCGGGAAAAUCAAUCAGAGCACAUACUUGAGGUCAUGUUAACAGAUAACGGUAUUCCGCAGUUAUCGUCGACCACACGUAUUGUCAUCACUGUCGACGAUAUCAACGAUCAUUCACCAGAAUUCGACCAGAAAUUCUACAAAGUUCAAAUACCGGCCAAUGCGAAAAUCGACCAAGCCCUUUUCCAGGUGCUUGCCAUCGACCGAGAUACGGGCGAAAAUGGACAUGUUACAUAUUCGAUAAAAUCGGGCAAAGGUAAAGCAAAAUUUCGUAUCAAUACCGAUACUGGUGUUAUUUAUGCGGCAAAACCAUUUGAAUCGGAUGCUGAAUACGAUAUCAUUGUGCGUGCGGAAGACAAUGGACUACCAAAGAAAAGUCAAACCACAUUGGUUAGCGUUAUUGUGGUCGAUUCGCCGACAUCAAAGGAAAACAUCAAUCCACCACAAAUUAAAAGUGGCGACCAACAUGUUGAGGUCACCGAAAAUGAUAAUCCCGGCUUUCUCGUCACGCUCAUUCAGGCCUAUGACGAAGACAACGAUCAAUUGUGGUUUGAUAUAAUCGAUGGUGAUGAUAACAAUGAUUUCUUCAUUGGUCGUGACAAUGGCAACAUUUUAUUAGCAAAGAAUCUUGAUUGGGAAAAGAAACGUGCAUAUAAUAUAACAAUUGGUAUAUCGGAUGGUGUGCAUGCGAUAACAACGCAAUUGUACAUCAAUGUUAUCGAUAUCAAUGAUCAACGUCCGGAGUUCAGUGAAUCCAUUUACACUGUUGAAAUAUCAGAGAAUUUAGCCGAAGGCACUGAUAUUUUACAAUUGCAUGCCACCGAUUUAGAUGAAGAUAAAACAUUAUUCUUUAGUUUGCAUGCAGCACGAAAUCCAUCGUCGUUGAAAUUGUUUCGUGUUGAUUCGGUGUCUGGAAUUGUAUCAUUGGCACAAGAGCUUGAUCGUGAACUGAUGUCCGAACAUAUAUUAAUUGUAAUUGUUAAAGAUCAUGGAACGCCGGCAAAACGAAAUUAUGCGAAAAUCAUUGUACAUGUUACCGACCAUAAUGAUCAUGCGCCUGAAUUCACAUCGAAAUUAAUUCAGGGCAAAGUAUACGAAACGGCAGCGAUUGGCUCAAAUGUGGUGACUGCUUAUGCAACUGACCGUGAUAUUGGCGAUAAUGGUCGUAUUGUCUAUUCAAUUGUUAGCGGUAAUAUUGGCAGUGUAUUUGCCAUUGACAAUUCGAUGGGUGUGAUUAGUGUGGCAAAAGAGUUGGCCAUAAAUACAAUGACCGAAUACAUGAUACAAGUGAAAGCAAGCGAUUGCGGUAAUCCGGCAUUGUUUGCACAAAUACCCGUGCAAAUAAUUGUUGUUAUGGUUGACAAUGCACCACCAAAAUUCAGUCGCACCGAAACGGCUGUCGAACUAUACGAAAAUCUAUCGAUCGGUACAUUUGUCAUGCAUAUCGAAGCACGAAGCACAUCUUCCGUUCAAUUUGCCAUUAUCAAUGGCAAUAUUGAUGAUACAUUCUUUAUUAAUCCAUCAACUGGUAUUAUCACUACCAAAGAUUUAUUGGACUAUGAAAAAACCAAAUUUUACAAUUUAACGAUACGUGCAACAAAUAUGGCUUCCGUGUCGGCAACAUCAUCAGCUAUAAUUCACGUUUUGGAUCGAAACGACAAUGCACCGUAUUUUACACAAAAAUUGUACAAAGGUGAAAUAUCCGAAUCGGUGCCAAUUGCAUCAUUGAUUCUAGCCGUCAACGACACACUGAAAAUGGAUCAAAGUGUGCCAUUAGUAAUAAAGGCUUAUGAUAUUGAUGCUGGACUCAAUUCACAUUUGCAUUAUGAUAUUGUUGAGACGAUGCCACGUCGCUAUUUCCAUAUUGAUUCAACAACAGGUGCCAUAAAGACAGUGAUGUUAUUGGAUCAUGAAAAGAUACCAUUCUUCACGUUUCACGUAAAGGUAUCUGAUUUGGGUAAGCCUCGUUUGUCAUCCGAAAUCAUGGCAAAAGUUGAAAUCAGUGUCAUCGAUGUUAAUGACUGUCCACCAAUAUUCACACAAACCGAAUACAAUGUCACAUUGUUAUUGCCCACCUAUCAAAAUGUGGCCAUUCUACAAGUGAAUGCAACGGAUCGCGAUGAUAACGGCAACAGUAGCAAAACAUUACGCUACGAAAUUGUUGAAGACAGCAAUAAAGAUGGUGUAUUCGCAAUUAAUAGCCACACAGGCGUUAUAACAACACGGAAUAUCGAGCGAAUUGGUGAAUUUUACAAGUUACAGAUUCGCGUUACCGACGGCAAAUACACGAAUACCGCACUUGUAAAUGUUCACGUUGAAACAUCGGAAAAUUCUGGUUUAGUAUUCCAAAAGCCCAUCUAUGACGGAUCAAUUUUGGAAAAUUCAACAAAAAUCACUACCGUUACGGUGGUAAAUGUAAUCGGUGCUGCACUAAAUGAACACAUUGAAUUCCGUUUAUUAAAUCCAACCGAAAUGUUUCGCAUUGGUUUGACAUCGGGUGCUGUUGUAACAACCGGCAUCCGUUUUGAUCGUGAACAACAGCAAAAUCAUGAGUUAAUUGUUGAAGCACGUUCGUAUGCGGCAUAUCGUGAUAAACCCCGUGUUGCCCAUGUCAUUGUAAAUGUAACCAUUCUUGAUAUAAAUGACAAUUGCCCGAUGUUUGUCAAUUUACCAUAUUAUGCAAUUGUAUCAGUGGAUGCUGAACGCGGUUCGUUGAUAACAAAAGUACAUGCACUGGAUGCGGAUAGCUAUGAAAAUGGUGAAGUUCGCUAUGAAAUGAAACGUGGACAUGGUGAACUAUUCAAAGUUGAUCGUAAAACGGGUGAAGUGACACUUAAGCAAACACUCGAAGGACAUAACAGGGAUUUUGAAUUGUUAAUUGCAGCUUAUGAUGGUGGCAUUACACCAUGCUCCACUGAUGUUACCGUACAUGUUAAGGUAAUCGAUAAAUCAAUGCCAGUUUUCAGUAAACAAUUUUACUCGGACAUUGUACCGGAGAAUAUUGAAUUACACACACCGUUGUCAGUUGCAAUCCAAGCCGAAAGUCCCCUGGGCCGUAAAUUAAUUUAUACGAUCGUUAAAGGAAACGAACUUGAGGAGUUCAGCGUUGAUUUUAACACAGCGCCAGACAGUACAAAUGGUCUUUGUGCCAUUUAUGUGGUGGAUGAUUUGGAUUACGAACGAAAGCAGCAUUAUGAAUUGGUGAUUCGGGCAACCGAUUCGGUGUCUGGUGUUUCGGCUGAGGUGCCUGUAUCGGUGCUCGUUCAAGAUGUUAACGAUUGUUUGCCGAUUUUUGAACAGGAUAGCUACAAUGUUACCGUAUCGGAAGGUGCUACAUUUGGUACGGCCAUUCUGAAAGUGGUCGCCCAUGAUAAUGAUACCGGCAUUAAUCAAAUGGUCACGUAUGGCAUUCAAACGGACAAUAAAAAUACAUCGGAAUAUUUUCAAAUGGAUCCAAUCGAAGGUGUUGUCUAUUUGAAAAAAUCAUUAGAUCAUGAACAAUUAGCUGCACAUCAUUUUACGGUUAUUGCCAUCGAUAAGGGUGUACCGACUCUCAGCUCAACGGCUCACGUAUGGGUUAAAGUUAUGGACAUGAAUGACAAUCCACCGAAAUUCGAGCAAACAUCGUACAGUUGUUCGCUGUCUCAGCAUGCGGUACGCGGUCAAUUUGUGACAAUCGUUUCGGCCAGCGAUCCAGAUUAUAUUGAUGCUGAUAAUUUGAUAUAUUCAAUUGCCGAAGGGAAUGAGUUGCAAACGUAUGCAAUUGAUCCGAUUAGCGGCAUUAUAACAUUGAUCAAUAUGCAAAAUUUCGCCGAAAAUCAUUCAACCAUUCUGAAUAUAUCGGUAUCGGACAGUGUCUAUACGAGUUUUAUACGCGUACAAAUCAACAUAUUGCCCGCAAAUUUACACAAUCCCGUGUUUCCGCAUCUCGUCUACGAUGUCAAAAUUAAUGAAAAUCAAAUGGCCGGCCGUCUAGUCAUAACGGUGAAUGCCAUUGAUGAGGAUUUUGGUGACUACGGCAUGUUAACAUAUGACAUUUUUUCCGAUGAAAUGAAGGAAUAUUUUUCAAUCGAUAAAACAAAAGGGGAAAUCGUUACAAAAAUUCGACUUGAUCGUGAAGAGCAGAAAAUGUACGAGGUUCCAAUCAUUGCAACGGAUGGUGGUGGUCGGUCGGGUUUUGCAAACGUUAAAAUCCGAGUUGGCGAUCAAAAUGAUAAAACACCUCAAUUUUAUUUGCGUGAAUAUAAAACAUCAAUUUAUGGAAAUUUAUCAAUGAAUGCAACCUUUUUGAAUAUAAAAGCAUUUGAUGCUGAUGAAAAUCAAAAUUCAGUCAUAAAAUACAGCAUUUACGAUACACAGAAUACGGGUGUCAAAGAUUUAUUUAGCAUUGACGAAGAUACGGGUGCAAUGUAUUUGAGCAAAUCGGCCGAUCGAUUGGAGAAUCAAAUGUUUCAAUUUUUUGUACGAGCUCACGAUGGCGGAUCACCAUCGUUGCAUGCUGAUGUUGCGGUCGACGUUUACAUUAUGUCACAAUCAGAUGUGGCACCAAAUUUUGAAAAACGAGAACGUGUCCUAUUUAUUCCAGAAAAUUCAGCACCCGGAACGGUGAUAACUCGACUCAAACUAACCACCACAAAUGUUACUGCCAAAUAUCGAAUUGCAUCGGAAAUGAAUUUGGAUGCACCACAAUUUACAAUAACGGAUGACGGUGAAUUGAGUUUGGCCAAAACAUUGGAUCGCGAAUUAAAAGAUACACAUUAUAUUGGCAUUUAUGCAGAAAGUGAUUCAAGUCCAUCGCUCACGGCAUUCUGUGAAAUUCUAUUGCAUGUUCAAGAUGAAAACGAUAAUGGACCGAUAUUUGAGAGUAGCCGAUACUAUUUGAAUUUGGCCGAAAACAUUGAAAAAGGUUCAAUGAUUAUGAAGGUGAUGGCACGAGACGCAGACACCGGUUCAAAUGGUGACAUUCGUUAUGCAUUUGAUAGUAAUGCCGGUGAUAUAUUGAAUAUAUUUGAUAUUGAUGUGCAUACCGGUGCGAUUACAACGCUUGUCUUAUUGGAUCGUGAACAAGUUGAUGAGUAUAAUUUUCGUGUGAUUGCCAGUGACAAUGGACAACCAAAACGUAACGGUGAAACAAUGGUAACCAUUAAAAUAAAAGAUUAUAACGAUUGUCCGCCAACAUUUAAAAAUAGCAGCUAUUCGACGAAAGUUAGUGAAGAUGCAUUGCCCGGCACCGUUUUAUUGCAAUUGUCCACAACGGAUCGCGAUAAAAUCGAAACACCCGUCGAAUUUUAUAUUUUGUCGAGUGAUUCACAAUCACAAUCGGUUUUUCAAAUUAGAAACACCGGCGAAUUGUAUGUGGCCAAAGAAUUGGAUCGUGAAACAAUACCAAACUAUACGCUAGACAUUAUAGCAACGGACGGAACAUUUACAACACAUACAAAUGUUACGAUUGAAGUGCUUGAUGCAAACGAUAAUCCACCGUAUUGUUUGAAAUAUCGUUAUGAAGAAACGCUUAGUGAAGGUGCACACGUUGGAAGCUUUGUACUGUCGGUAUUAGCUACCGAUGCAGAUGAAGCGGAAAAUGCAAAGCUUCGAUUUUAUUUAACCGGUGAUGGAGACGACGAUUUUAUCUUGGAUGAAAGCUCAGGUCAUUUGCGAACAGCCCGACAAUUGGAUCGAGAGAGUCAAUCACGUUAUCAUCUUAUCGCUCAUGUUCAAGAUCACUAUCGGUCAUGGGAGUGUUCGUCACAAAUUGAAAUUAUUGUAUCCGAUCUAAAUGAUAAUGCACCAGUAUUUUCACUGCCCGUCUAUACAGUUUCACUGCCCGAAGAUGCAGAGAUCGGCACAUUAGUAACGAAAAUGCAUGCAACCGAUGCAGAUAUUGGCAUUAAUCGAAAGAUUAAUUACACAUUCAUCGAUUCGCAUAAGGAACACUUUAAAAUUAUUCCCGAUAGCGGUAUUGUUACGUUGGCCAAACCAUUGGAUCGCGAAGAAAAGGAAAUGUACAAUCUUACAGUGCAAGCGUUUGACCAUGGCAAUCCAAAACUGUCAUCAAUGGCUUAUGUCAUUGUUAACGUUCAGGAUAUCAAUGACAAUCCACCUGAAUUCACAUCAAAAUAUUAUGCGGCAAGCAUAACGGAAGACAGUCCAAUCGGUUCGGAAGUGAUUCGUGUAUUGGCCACAUCAAAAGAUACCGGCCUAAAUGCCGUUGUAAAAUAUGCCUUUAUUGGUGGCAACGAGCAACGAAAAUUCCAAAUAAAUAAUGAAACUGGCGUUAUUUUUGUCGCUGAUACAUUGGAUUAUGAACGUGUCAAAGACUACUUCGUAACAAUUCAAGCGGUUGAUUUGGGUGAACCACCAUUAAGUAAUUUGGCAACGUUAAACAUUUCGGUAAUCGAUAGCAAUGACAAUCGGCCACAAUUCACACAAACAUCAUACAAUGCACGAAUUCGUGAAGAUUCAAUGGUUGGUGAUAAAAUUCUACAGGUUCAGGCAAACGAUUUGGAUUCGGGUGAAAAUAGUCAUAUCAGCUAUAGCAUCGUACGUGGUGAUCGUUUACAACAAUUUAGCAUUGAAAAGAAUACCGGUUACGUAUCAGUGGCAGCCGCAUUAGAUCGCGAAUCAAUAUCAAGUUAUGUUCUUGAAGUUGAAGCAUUAGACAACGGUGUACCGCCUCUAUCAUCUUAUUCAUUGUUGAACAUUGAAAUUUCGGAUGCAAAUGACAAUCCACCAUUGUUUACGCAACCCAAUUACACGGCAUUCGUGCAAGAAGACAAACAAAUUGGACAUAAUCUAUUGCGAUUCGAAGUGACCGAUGCGGAUGCACCACCAAAUGCUGAACCAUUCACAUUUGAUAUAAUUACAAAGGAUGCCGCAUUCGUUGUACAACAAGAUGGUACACUAAGAACGGCAACACGAUUCAAUCACAAAGUAAAAGACAGUUAUUUAUUGCAAGUACGUGUAUUUGACAAUGGAACACCAUUGUUGCAUUCAGACACUUGGGUGACCGUAAAAGUGAUCGAAGAAUCACAAUAUCCACCAGUUGUUGUGCCACAAGACAUUUCGAUCAAUGCAUUCGGCGAUGUAUUUCAAGGCGGUGCAAUUGGCAACAUCUUUGCAAGUGAUCAAGAUCAAUAUGAUACAUUAACAUAUGAUUUAACACAAACAUCGGGUGUUCUAUACACGCCAAAGAGUUUAUUUAACAUUUCGAAAACGAAUGGCACACUUUACGCACUACCAAAAUUGGAUGUUGGUGAUUAUCGUGUGAAUGUCACAGUUACCGAUGGUAAAUUCACUGUAUAUACCAUUAUUAAAAUAUCAGUGGAUUUAGUCACCGAUGAAAUGCUUGAAAAUUCCGUAUUGAUACGUUUCACCGAAGUAACACCCGAACAAUUUGUUCUCAGCCAUCGCAAAACAUUCAUUCGUUCGAUUCGAAAUGCAAUUGGAUCACGAUUGAAAGACGUUAUAAUAAUUGCUGUACAAAUAUCCGAUGAUUCAAAUGUAAUCGCUCAUCAUCGAUACAGUCGCGAUUUGCAAAACAUUUCAAUGGUUUUGAAUGAAUCAACGAAAAUGAAUGAUCCACGAAAUAAACGACAAUUACAACAUGAUUUAGAUGUAUUAUUUGCUGUGCGAAAACAUCAAUUAAAUCCAACUUCAACGACAUAUUACAGUUCGGAUGAGAUUCGAACAUUUUUGGAUGGAAAAAUUAGCGAAAUUGAAAAAUUGACCGAAUUAUCGGUGGACGAAAUUGUUCAAUCGAAAUGCUCAACGAGAUAUUGUGAUCAUGGUAAAUGUGAAGAUCGAAUGCAAUUGGAUUCGACAAAAAUCAAUACGGUGUCAUCGGAUGUGAGUAGUUUUGUAUCGGCUCAUUUUGAACAUACAACACGUUGUCGAUGUGACAUUGGCUACGGCGGUGAAAAAUGUGAAAAUUCGGUAAAUGAUUGUGCAAGUAAUCCAUGUCCAAGUUUCAAAACAUGUGUGCCAGACUUAUCGCCGCAAGGUUAUUAUUGCAUAUGCCCGAAAGGAUUUGGCGGUCCAAAUUGCGAUAAGGAUAUUAUCAAAUGCACCGAUGACAGUUGCUACGUUCCAAAGAAUCCGAUUACGUUCAAUGGCAAAAGUUAUAUUCAAUAUCGAAUGGAAAAAACGGCAACGAAAAAAGCACUUGAAGAGCAUUUGGUAUUUUCGUUGCGCAUACGAACCGUUCAACCGACCGGUAAUUUAAUGUUUGCAGCUGGAAAAAUUGAUUUUUCAAUUUUGGAAAUUCAAAAUGGUGUCGUUCAAUAUCGUUUUGAUUUGGGUUCGGGCGAAGGUUUGAUCACGGUGACCAGUAUUUAUGUAUCAGAUGGUCAAUGGCAUGAUAUACGUCUGGAGCGUGAAGGAAAUAGUGGACGAUUAGUUGUCGAUGGUAAACAUGUUGCACAAGGUAAUGCACCGGGCGUUAAUGGUGUAUUGAAUUUACAAUCGAGCGACAUGUAUUUGGGUGCUGAAGUUAAACAGCAUCCAAGCGUUUUGGGUUUCGAAGAUGUUCAACAUGGAUUUAUUGGUUGCAUGGACGAUAUUAAUUUGUCACGCAUUCCAUUGACCAUUCACAAUGCCGGUACAAGCAAUUCAAUUGCGAUUCUAAAACGUACUGCCAACAUUGAAUUCAGUUGUGAUGCAUCCGUGGUGCUAAAACCAUUGGGCGUCUGUGGUACGGCACCAUGUUUGAAUGGUGGUACCUGCAAAGACAAUGGUGGCGAUAGUUUUGAAUGUAUUUGCCAUUCACGAUUCACUGGCAAAUUUUGUGCAGUCGACACUGAUCCAUGUGCAUCAAAUCCAUGUUUGUUUGGUGGUAAAUGUAGAGGUGAAUUAUUGGGAAACUAUACAUGCGAAUGUCCACCGCGAAUGAGUGGCAAACGUUGCGAUUUUGGACGUUUCUGUUCACCAAAUCCAUGUCGAAAUGGUGGUGUCUGCGAAGAAGGUGACAAUGGACCGUUGUGCAUGUGUCGCGGCUAUAUGGGACCGACGUGUGAGAUUGAUGUUGAUGAAUGUGAAAAGAUGCCGUGCGGCAGUGGUGCUACCUGUAUAAAUGAAGCGGGCAGUUUUCGUUGCAUCUGUCCACCGGAUUUGACCGGUGCCAGUUGUGGUGAUCCAUUAUACUCCAAUUCGAUAACAACCCAAUUAAAAAAUAUUUCGAUUGAACAAAUCAUUGGCGUCAUAUCUGGUUUAUCUGUGAUAUUUUUUGUACUAGUUGUAUUUUUAUCGUGUCGUCUGUGUAAACGACGUCCAUCUCGACCGCAUACAAAUAACAUCAACAAUGAUACGCGCAAAGAGAAUGCAAUAUUGGUCGGUGUAACACGUGACAAUGGUGAAUUUAAGCGUAAUUCAAAGAUGAGCAACAUUGAAAUCAGUCAACGAAACGAACAACGGCCCACAUCAUUCACCAGUGGCAACGAAGCAAACGCACCAUAUGCAUGCAAUAACGUAUUUGUGAAUAAUUUGGAUACGUUACGUAGUUAUGGAUCGGCCGGUGAUGAACUCGAAAAUGUACCACCCGAAUAUCGAAAACCGACACGUAUCAAUCAACAAGUCAACUUAAAUGGACAUUCGGCAAGCGAUACAGAUCCAAAACAAACUUGGUCUGAUUAUCUGCAACUCCAAUCAUUCACUGACAAUAAAAUCAAUAACGAUCUCAAACGAGCCAGUCCAAUCAGUAGCACGGCUGGAUCGGAACAUCGAUGUGCCACAUUGAAAUCGAGUGGCGUUUUGCAGGGACGCUUAUUGAAUGUACCAUUGCCGAAUCCAUCGAUGCAAUACCAACCGUCGACACCGGGGUCGACAGCGGCAGCAUGCUCAACGAUAUCAAAUAGUGGCCCCGGAGUCGGUAAUCUAGAAGAUUCGAACAGUGAACAUCAUGGCGAAGCAUAUCAUUGGGACUGUUCGGAUUGGGUGAGACGAAGCCAUAAUCCUCUGCCAAAUAUUACAGAAGUGCCCGGAAGUGAAGUGCCAGAUUCAUCUAGUUUUCAUAGUAACGAAAGCAAUGAAUCACAAUGCAAACAAGUCUAUCAAUCACAAAGAGCCAUUGCUGAUCAACAGCGAUGUCAGGCAAAUGUUACCGAAGAAGAUGAAAUCGACACCGAAUUCAAUGAUUCUGAAUUCGAGAGUGGAGAUCGAGCAUCAAUCGCAUUCACCAUAAAUUCAUCAAUUCCAACAUUAAAUCCAUUAGAUAGCAGUAGUGAUGAUUAUCGUUUUGCAGCUGCUGAGAGUUACUUGAAACAUCCGAAUAGCUAUUUGCCGAAAUACAACGUUCAGUCAGAAACAGAUGGUGAAACGACACCUUUAAAUGCCAAUGGAGAGAAUCGAAAUUCAGGCGGUUCGAAUGCAUUCGAAUCAGAAGAAGAGCUUGAUGAUGAUCACAUUGAAGAAGAAGAUGAAGAGGAUGAUGAUGACGAUCAAGAUAUUCCAGCAUAUGGAUUUCCUCGAAACAGACGCGAACCCAGUGACAUUGAUUUCAUAAUUAGUAACGCAGAUGAAAAUAGUUCAUUGCUUCGUCAACAUCGUAAAAGCGCCAAGACAUCGACAAUGAAAUCAAAUUUUAAGGAUGAUUUAAAUACGUCAAAUACAACAACUGCAUCAUCAUCGUCGGGAUCAUCCGGUGGAAAGAGUGUCAAAUGGGCCAAUAAUAUACAAACUACACAAGUCUGAUUAUGAUCGUAUAGAACAAUCUGAACACUUAUCAACGUGCUAUCACAGGCAAUGCCAUUCGAAGAGUAGCCAAAAUACUCGUGAUAACUAGCUGCAAACCAUUAGAAAAAAAUAUAUAUUAUAAAAAGUCGAAUUCAUAAUAUAUAAGUAGUCGAUUCGAAAUGAAUUUCAUUUCUCUUAAUUCACCAACGAUCCGCGAAAAAUUCGAACGAUCCCUCAAAGAAAAGAAAAACACCGGGAAAAUGUGUAUUCAUUUUUCGAAAAAGGAAAAAUCCUCUUGUAAAAUAUGAACAAACAAUAUUUAAGUUUAAGAAUCAAUUUUUUUUUUCUAAUUUUGUGACACACUCGAAUCGAAUAUGUAUGUAAAAGAGAUGAAAACAUUAGGAAAAUAAUGACCAAAUGAAAGAAAUGAAAAUAACCGACAACAACCAUGAUUGGAAAUAACAGCUAGUUAAAUGACAAUCCAUGAUUUAAGUUUUUUAUAUUCUAUUUCUAUGUAUACAAAGUGAACAACAACAGAAGAAGAUGAAAAAUGCAAAAUAUUUAGCAAAAUUAUAAAUAAUUAGCAAAUAACACGAUAUAGAUACUUUCACGACACUAAUUGCCUGGCCCAAAUAAUGGAAAAUGGAUGAAAAUGAAAAUUCGGUUGGUUCUACAAGAAUUUAAAUCUAAAAAUGAUCACAAAUUAAGAAGAAACAAAUAUCUAA